CAACCAUGCCCACCCCCAGCGGCAGCCCCGAGAGAGAGGGCUCCACAGGGGGACCCAACCAGCUGGAGUGUCCCCCCUCCUCUCCCCCUGGCAUGGACCAUUCCAUGGGCAGCCCCCUGCUCAGCCCGGACUCAACUUGCCAAGAUGCCAUGCUCUCAGCCCCCGCCGCCUCCCCCGCCGACUCUGAGAGCCUGAGUCCUGACGAGCUAGAGCUGCUGGCCAAGCUUGAGGAGCAGAACAGACUUCUGGAGGCAGACUCCAAGUCGAUGCGUUCGAUGAGCGGCUCGCGGCGGAACAGCGGCUCGUCCCUGGUGUCCAGCUCCUCUGCCUCGUCCAACCUGUCCCACCUGGAGGAGGACACCUGGAUCCUGUGGGGACGCAUCGUCAACGAGUGGGACGAAUGGAGACGCAAGAAGGACAAGCUGCUCAGGGAGCUGAUCCGUAAGGGCAUCCCACACCACUUCCGGGCCAUCGUGUGGCAGCUGCUUGGUAACGCCACAGACAUGCCAGUGAAGAACCAGUACUCUGAGCUGCUCAAGAUGUCCUCGCCCUGCGAAAAGCUCAUCCGCCGGGACAUCGCCCGCACCUACCCCGAGCAUGAGUUCUUCAAGGGCCAGGACAGCCUGGGUCAGGAGGUGCUCUUCAACGUCAUGAAGGCGUAUUCUCUGGUGGACCGGGAGGUGGGCUACUGCCAGGGCAGUGCCUUCAUCGUGGGCCUGCUGCUCAUGCAGAUGCCGGAGGAGGAGGCGUUCUGUGUGUUUGUGCGUCUGAUGCAGGAGUACCGUCUGAGGGAGCUUUUCAAACCAACCAUGGCUGAACUAGGCCUCUGUAUCUACCAGUUUGAAUACCUGCUGCAGGAGCAGCUCCCGGAGCUGAACGUCCACUUCCGUUCUCAGAGUUUCCACACCUCCAUGUACGCCUCCUCCUGGUUCCUGACUCUCUUCCUCACCUUCCUCCCCAUGCCGGUCGCCACACGCAUCUUCGAUAUCUUCAUGUACGAGGGUCUGGAGAUUAUAUUUCGUGUGGGCAUGGCCAUUCUGCAGUACAACCAGACUGACCUCAUCCAGCUGGAUAUGGAGGGCAUGUCUCAGCACUUCCAGAAGUUGAUCCCCCACCAGUUUGACAGCUGCCCAGACAAGCUGAUCCUGAGGGCCUACCAGGUCAAAUACAACCCCAAGAGGAUGAAGAAGUUGGAGAAAGAGUACACCACAAUCAAGAACAAAGAGAUGGAGGAGCAGAUAGAGAUCAAGAGGUUACGCACAGAGAACAGGCUUCUGAAGCAGAGGAUUGAGACAUUGGAGAAGGAAAGUGCUGCUCUCGCAGACAGGCUGAUACAGGGUCAGGUGACGCGGGCGCAGGAGGCGGAGGAGAACUAUGUGAUCAAGCGGGAGCUGGCGGUGGUGAGGCAGCAGUUCAGCGUGACCAGCCAGAACCUGGAGAAAGCCCAGGACACCAUCGGAGAACUGCAGCGGGAGAAGUACACAGAGCAGUUUGUGACCGGUCUGCAGAUGCAGCUGGAGCAGUCCCGGCUGCAGGAGGCAGAGCUACUGGGGGCCCUCAAAGAGAUGCAGGACAAAAUACUGGACCUAGAGAAGAGGAGCAGCUCUCUGCCUGAUGAGAACAACGUGGCCCAGCUGCAGGAUGAGCUGAAGCUGGUGAAGCUCCGAGAGCUGGAGACACUGCACUCCUUCAGAGAGAUGCAGGACACGGUGACCGAGCUCAACCAGCGCUGGCAGCUCCACAUGUCAAAAGGUGGCGGGGGUCACUGGAAGGAAUCCCCCAAGAAGAAUGCCCUGAAUGAGCUGCAGGACAAGCUGAUGGGGGUGCGUCUGAGAGAGGCCCAAGCCCAGGCUGAACUCAGGGAGGUCAAACUUCAAGCCAUACAGCUGGAGAGCCAGAACCAGAUUCACAGCAAGCUGAUUGGGCGCCAUGAGGUGGAGAGCGCCGCCAUGCAGGAGAGGCUGCAGCAGCUGGCGAGCCAGAACAAGGGGAUGCUGGCCCAGCUCACCGAGAUGAAGAGGAAACAGGCCGAGCUCGACUGCAAGAGUAAAGAGGAGGUGAUGGCGGUGCGCUUGCGGGAGGCUGACAGCAUGGCUGCCAUGGCUGAGUUCAGACAGAAGAUAGCUGAGCUGGAGAUACAGAAGGAGGAGGGUCUGAUCCAGGGCCAGCUGAACCACUCUGACUCCAGGCAGUAUAUCACCCAGCUUCGAGACCAGAUCGGAGAGCUCAAGAAUGAGAUCAGGCAGCUCCGCGGGCAGCGCUCCAAGUUCGCUCCUAGUUCCCGGGAUGGGGGCGGGGGCUACCCGGAUCUGUGUCUAGCUAGCCCCUCGUCAGCCGGAGGCGACUACCUGAGCUCAGAUGAGGACCUUCUCCCCAGCCCCAUCCCCCCUAACGCCAUGUACCCCGCCCUGCCCCACCCCUCGGCCAGGCUGGACAGCGAGGGCAGCACCGACAGCGAAGCAGAGGCCCACCCGGACCACCCCCACCACGGCCCCUCGCAGCAGCUUUACACUAGCAUGGUGUGUGCUGAGGUCCUGGACAACUGAGCCAUGGAAGUCCCUGGAACUACCUGGUCCUGUACUCAGUAUCUCUUUAGUAUUAGAGAUGCCGUACUCGCCCCAACUUUACUGUACUACUGUUUUCACCCUAAACUACUGUAACCUGUAACGGACAUCCUCCCCUCCUCCUCCUUCAUGUUGGUGCCAUGGUCUCUCCUCUUUUUGUCAUUCUCUUUUCUCCAUUUCCCCCUUUUACUUCUCUCUUCUCUCCUAUCUCUCUUCACUUAUCCCUCUCUUUAUCUCCCUCUCUCUCCCUCAAUCUCUUUCUCCUCUACAUUCUCACAGACCCUGUAUUCCCUAUGGGGGUUGAGUCAAUUCCAGUCCUAUUUCCCUGUCCUGUCCUUGGCAUUAGUUUCCACGCUGCACUCCGGUCCUGAGUGAAGAACAGGUAACUUCAGUAUGCUCGCUCACUGUGCAGCAAGCAUAUCCUAUCCGCACAGAAAGCCGAGAAAAUAAAAGGGAUUGAAAAUGGACCAAAAAAAUUGCUUUCAAUACUCCAACCGUACCACACAGCAGUGACUAUGAGAUGCAUCGGACAUCACUUUGAUUAAAUGAUUCCCCUCAAGUUUGUAAGGACUUCAAUAUGGACUUGGGAUCGCUAAAAGAGGAUAUGGAUGGAUGACUUGUUGGGCUUGACCCUGCUCGUACUGUACUGUCCUGUGAGCGAGAUGUGGGACUUACCGUUUCCCUCCAUCUUUCUCUUUCCUCCUCCUUUUCUCUCUCUCUGUCUAUUUUUGUCAUUUCAUCAUUCCAUGAAGACCCAUUGGCCACCUGCACUGCCUGUCAACAUGGAAACAACCAUCCACUGUAACCUCACAAUGCACACUUCAAAACAAAUGAGAGCGAGAGGGAAUGAAGGAAGGAUAGAGGUAGGAAAGGAGUAUGGUAUGGACUUGUACACAUCAAUAUCAUAGGGAUGUUACUAGAUGACAUCACAUGCAUAGAUGAAUAUUAACCAUUUACCUUACUGAAAUAUGUUUGUUGUGUCUGUCUUGCAAAUGAAACAAGGCAAGCGAAUUACGAUGGCUAAUGUCAACCACAAAAGAAUCUCAACGUUGCCAAAUCUUAGGUCAUUUUUCUGCUAUUAUUUAUGUUCUUAUUUAUUUUAAUAUUUUUAUAUAUCUAUAUAAAUAUAUAGAUACCAACGGCGGCCAAACCAUUAUAUAUACGCUGAGUUCCCUCGCUCCUUUGUGCCAACUUGAAUCCUGAGGCUGAGGUGUCAACGGACGGCGUCCUUGACGAUUCAUGUCAGAGAGACGGAACGAAUGCGCUGCUAUGAUUUUCCUUUUUUUCUCCCAGUCUUCUUUUAUGUUAUGUUCUAUCUGCUCGACAGGCAGUCGAACUUUACACCCCGUAGGAAUCAGUUGUGAGUGCGAAAGGUCCUGGUAAGAAAUAGUUGAACGGUGAUGGCUAUGCUUCAUAAUGAUGUCUCUACUUAUGACUUAUGCAAUACCCACACAUAAACAACUCCUUUAUACUCUAUUUGAAAUGUGUUACGGCAUUUUUAAACCCUAAGAGCAUGUAUCAACCCACAAGUGUUUAUUAGAGGACAGCAAUGGCUCAGUCAAUCAUUCAUUUUGUCUCAUGGUGAGGCUGGAGUUUACUAGUUUGGGACUGCUUGGCAUGUGUCCGUCCAAAUGCUGUGUGAGUGACGUGAAGGGGUUCAUUUGAAGUUACCAACAACAACAAAAAGAGAAUUUGUUGGAAUUGACUAAUCAGAGGCAAAAUAAUAAUCAUUUACCAGCUACAAGUGUACUGAUCAGAUCAUCAUAAAUAUCAUUAUCAAGUUGGA